GAACGGGACGUUUUAGAAAUCCGACAGAAUCAAGCUUCAUCUUCUAUUCCGUUCCGCAAUGAAGAUUUUCCAGAGGCAGCUGCUCACCGCAGGCCUAUUGGCCACUGGGCUUUCUGAUUUCGUAUACGGUGCCGCCGACCGGGCCUCGAUGUUCAGAAUAGUCGUCACCACCGACCUAGAGCAAGACGAUUUGGCAUCUCUGAUCCGGUACCUUCUUUAUACGAACGAGCUCGACACGCAAGGGAUCAUCUAUACCUCUAGUCGGUAUCACUGGUCCGGAGAUGGCAAUGGAACCAAGUUCUUCUUGUCCGAUCGCGAGUAUAGAAGCCCACAGUGGGCGUGGCGUUGGACUGGCUCGCGGACUGUCCAAGACCAAGUGCUCCGGGCCUAUGCUGAGAUCUGGCCCAAUUUGAACAACCACGAUCCGUUCUUUCCUACCCCCGACGAGCUGCGAGCCCUGGUCAAGGUUGGUAAUAUUGACUUUGAAGGCGAGAUGGAACAAGACACUGAGGGUUCUGAUCUCAUCCGGUCCCUAAUUCUGAAUGACGACCCACGGCCGCUGUAUUUGCAAGCCUGGGGCGGGACCAACACCAUCGCCCGUGCUCUGAAGUCUAUUGAAGAGGAGUACUCCAACUCAUCGCAGUGGAGCCAGACGCAGGAUUCUGUUUCCCGCAAAGCCGUCAUCUUGGCCAGCGGGUUUCAAGAUGAGACAUAUGCGGAUUACAUCUCUCUUCGCUGGCCCGACGUGCGCGUCGAGCAGUUGGAACCGGGGUACAGGACUUGGGGUUACAACUGCGAUAAAGGCCAGGGUAAUACUCGCGGACUCUCCUUGGGGGAUAAUGUGUACUUCACCGGGGACUGGAUGAAAGCGCACAUCCAAACCGGUCCGUACGGAAGGCUCUACCGUUCCUGGCUCGACGAGCAGUCCAUGCCUGGUGACGCGCAGGACAUCUUCGGCAGUCCGGCGACCGCCUCUUCGUCCAGCUUCUGUCAGCCCUUGGAGCCAUACGCCUUCUUGUCCGAAGGCGACAAUGUGGUGUUCAAUCCCUUCGCACAGAACUCCACUUCCCCCAACCUGUGGGUGAUGGUCCCAACCGAGAAAAACAAGGCGGGUGUUGACAUCGCCAACUACACGACCGAUUGCUGGGCGGGCGCGGUCCAGAAUGACUUCGCGGCGCGCAUGCAAUUGACCCUGACUCCGAGCUAUGAAGACGCGAACCAUCCACCGUCCGUCAGCAUUCUUAAUGGAACCACCGUGGAGGCGCCUGCUGGCACGACAAUCACUCUGGCAGGGAAUGUCACCGAUCCGGAUUCCCACAGCGUGACCACGUCAUGGUGGCAGUUUUUUGAGGAGGGCACGUAUCCAGGUCACGUGAUCGUGACGGAGGUCGAGAACGAUCGGGCGGAUAUUACAAUCCCCGCGGAUGCAGAGGCUGGCCAAACCAUUUCCAUCAUCCUGGAAGGAACGGAUGACGGGAAAUUUCCCUUGACUCGUUACGGUCGCGUGCUCAUCCAUGUCAAGUAG